UCGUGAAAAGCGUUGAAAUCAAGUGCAGAUGAUGAAUAACGAUGUUUAACAUUCCGAACAAUUAAGGAUAGUGUAAGAAUUAUUCCUCAGCAAUUUCGACGUCAGUUCUCAAGCGUGGUUACAGUUUUGUUAUUUUCUUUUUUUUUUUUUACUAACAUUUUAUUUCCUUUUCGCUUUCUAAUUUAAGCUGCAUCGAUUGAUUUAUCUCGCAACUUUUACCUGUUUCACAACAGUUUUUGAAGCUUUAUUUUUUUUUGAGUCGAUGGUCAACAUCUAAUGAUGUCGAAGUUUACAAAUAUACUGAUUCCAUCCCGAAGGAAAUGACCGCUUUUCUUUCUUUUAUAAAUGAAUUUUACACGUUCCUUGGUAGGCGGAAAUUUUAUUUUGUACCUUUUUCAUUCCUUUCGUCGUUUUAUUUGUUAUCGUCGCGUUAACGCGAUGCUUGUACACGCAGUGUUUCAUUGUACAAAUAAACAUCGUUUCGAUUUAUCAUCGUUUUGGUCGACUGACUUCGUCAAUAGGGAUAAAAUAUCUAUUAACUUUUGUCAGAUGCGUUUUAUCACUGAAGCAACAAAGCUCUGCCUCGUAAAUAACGUCAAUAAAUACAAACGCUUGUUAAGCUUCUUGCGCCGAUGAAUCGUAAAAAGAAACUAUGAUACGCUUUCCUAAGAAAAACUGAUUAUUUCGAUAAUCUGUGAAUUAUUUCUACUUCAAGGAACGGAGUGUAAUGAGACAUCCAGCUGACGAGUAUACGUGUAAGAAUGUUAGUCACGUGCUACGUAAUUAGUUGCAUAAAAAAAAAAAGUAUUGCGAAGUACGGAUAUUCAUGAAAUAUAUGCUCGAGCAUGCGCUCAUCGAUCCACGAUGAAACCAUGGGAACAGAUAAGACAAACACAAGAAACCAAAAACAAUUUUGAAACACAUUGUUCCCUACCAGCGAUUUUCAUGUGAUUGUUCGGUCAGAAAAUUGUUCAUAAAAUAUAUUUCAAUCGUUUUCGAAGAAACAAUGGACGUCAAAGGCAGCAGCGACGAAGAGGAGGAGGUACAUAACAUUUCAGCGUUCACGAAAUUCGACGAGAGUAUCGAGGUGAGAAAUGCUGAGGAGAUACAGAGCCCCGUGAAUCGAAGGCCUUCCAGCUCGAGAAGAUCCAGACAGUACCCGGUGAAUGAGAGUCGAAAUGCUAUAGGGAUUAAUUCACCCCGUGAGAAGUUCGAUUUUCGAAGAUAUUCAGGCAAUGAUAAUAACUUUGGGAAAUCCAUAGGAAUCCAUAGUGAUCCAUCGGACAGUGAAGAGAGCGAUGAUGAUGACAUCCAGGGGACGAAUAACGCUCAGCCAAUUGAAAUUUACAAUCCCAAGGAUUUUGAGGAUUUAGAAGUGUCUACUGAAGUGAAGGAAUUAUUUCAAAACAUAAUGAGAUACACACCGCAAAAAAUCGAGCUGAACUACAGGCUCAUGCCAUUUAUUCCCGACUACAUUCCAGCAGUUGGUGACAUAGACGCUUUCAUAAAGAUCUCACGACCAGAUGGCGUGGAAGACAAAGUCGGUUUAACAGUUUUGGACGAACCUUGCACCAAUCAGUCCGAUCCGGCCGUUCUUCAUCUCCAGCUUCGUAAUCAUUUACGAAGCGCGGGAGCAGCGAGGCAGACGGUGAUCAAAAGGAUCGAGGACGCUGAAAAAAAUGGGAAGUCGAUUGAGAAGUGGAUCGAGGACAUAAAUCAACUUCACAGAAGCAAACAUCCGCCCGCAGUUAAUCUAACGAAACCGAUGCCAGACAUCGACUCGUUGCUUCAGCAAUGGCCACCGGAAGUGGAGGACAAGCUUAAUGAGACCGAAUUGGAUUUCACGCAGUUAGACUGUCAACUGCCAGAGCUUGUCGAUCUUAUUUGCAAUCUCCUGGACAUACCGUCGGGACGAGAUACGAGAUUAGAGGCGUUACAUACGCUCUUCACGCUUUAUCUGGAAGUGCGGAAUGUUAAAGCGCAGAAAUAUUAA